AUGGGUGCACUUGAUCGAGAUACACCACUGCCAGCAUCAGUGACGGGGUAUUUUGGGGUUGGAGAGCAUGGCAACCUCGUGCUGGUGGAUGAAAAAGGAAAUACUUCCUACUUCUACACCGAUCCCCAAACGUCUCAGCCUUACUCUGCCACAAUGGUGAAGCUUUUGGAUUCCGGGAACUUGGUAUUAAGUGAUGCUCAAUCUGGAAAGACCAUUUGGCAAAGCUUCGAUCAUCCCACCGAUACAUUUCUUCCGGGUAUGAAGAUGGAUGAAAUCCUAAAGUUGACUUGUUGGAAAAUUAGUGAUGACCAGGGAUCCGGAAACUUUACCUUCAGGCAAGAUGAGGGAAAUGCAUACUUGUACAGCAUUCAGAAAUGGUCAAUCAUAUACUGGAAAAGUGGAGAGUCGGGUCCAUUCACCUGGUACAAUCGAAUGAUUAGAGCCGUAGCGUUACUCUUAUCAAACUAUAGUAAUCUUGCCAAUUUGAUAAAUUAUAAAUAUUUUCGCAACUCAUCAAUUCCAAAUUAUAAUUAUAAUUAUAAUUAUACACGGUUGGUAAUGAAUUAUUCUGGGGAGAUACAGUUAUACAAUGGGCGUAUGGAUAACAAAGGAUGGUCUCUAACAUGGUCAGAGCCGAGAGACCAUCAAUGCAGUGUGUAUAAUUAUUGUGGCAAGUAUGGAAGCUGCAACAAUAACAACACAUUGUUAUGCAAGUGCUUGCCAGGGUUCAAGCCUAGCUUGCCUGAUCAUUGGAGUUCUGGGGAUUUUUCUGAUGGGUGUGUUAGCAAGUCAACUACACCAACACGUCCUGGGAGCUACACGUUCUUGAAAUUGACUAUGAUGAAAGUAAGGAAACCAGACUUGCCGUUUGAUAAUGCUAAAACUCAGAGAGAAUGCAAAGACGAGUGCCUUCGCAGCAGCAGCAGCAAAUGCCUGGCGUAUUCGUAUGUUGAUGAUCAAAUUUUGCCGCGAGACAGAGGUAGCGCCAGGUGCUGGAUGUGGACAACCACGGCUGGGGAUCUCAGUAAUUUACAGGAGUAUACUGAUGCUGGUGGCAUUGAUCUCUAUGUGCGCAUCAAAGCUUCUUUUAUAAGAUUAACAACCAGAAACUGUGACACUUGUGGCACAAAUUUGAUUCCCUAUCCACUAAGCACUGGACCAAACUGUGGUGAUUCCAUGUACUUCAGCAUCCUCUGCAAUUCCUCAACAGGUCAGGUUAGCUCCCGCACACCCAGGAAAACCUUCCAAGUCACUAGAAUCGAUCCAGAUACACAAAAAUUUGUCAUUCAAUCAAAAAGUUCUGAGAAGUGCGAGGCAAGAGGUUCAGGAGAUGAACUACAGCUGAAUGCAUCUCUUCCCUUUCGUAUCACUGACUGGUGCUACACUGAUCCGUCUCAUAAACCCAUGAAAGGAUGGAAGGAAAUAGAGAUUGCUUGGAAACCACCACAAGAGCCAUCCUGUAAUUCAUCCAAAGACUGCAAAGAUUGGCUUAAUUCUAGUUGCAAUAUAACAGAAAAUGGGAAGGCAAGGUGCCUUUGCAUUGCAAACUAUCACUGGAAUGGCUCGAGUUUAAAUUGUACUCAAGGUGAGUACUCUUAUGCAGCAUUAGCUACGUCAUAUACCGAAGACGUAUUGUGGCGAAAUGAGAAGAAAGCAGACAAAGGAACCAAGGGAAUCCGGUUCUUCACUUGUAUGAUAGUGAAAGAUGAGUCAAGGACUUGA